AUGGCCAAAGAUGAUAGACCUGGAUAUGUUUCCAUUAAUGGAAGCGGAAACACAUUUGAGUAUUUCAACAGAUCAGAUGAUUACAUAAAACAAUUACUGAUAGCAAAUCUUGGUGAAAAACGGAAAAGCAUGUUCACAGUGGUAUUUUUGAUUAUGAUUUAUGCGACCAUUUUCCUAACCGGAGUGAUUGGGAAUUUAAGUACGUGUAUUGUGAUAUGGAAAAACACAUACAUGCAUACAGUCACAAAUUAUUAUCUUUUCACUUUAGCCAUAUCAGACGUUAUGACGCUUUUAUUAGCCUUGCCGCCAGAGGUGUACUCAAUUUGGGAAGCGUAUCCAUGGCGAUUUGGGCAAUCAUUCUGUAUACUCAAAUCGUUUAUAAUGGAGAUGACAUCGUAUUCGUCUGUGUUGACCAUAACGGGAUUCACUGUAGAACGCUAUCUGUCUAUUUGUCACCCCAUGAAAUUGCAACACUGCCGUCAUAUAAGCCGAGCUAAACGAUGCAUAGUCCUUAUAUGUGUAGUUUCCAUACUAAGUGCCUUACCAUAUCCGGUGCAUACAAGGACAUUUUACUACCUGUCGGAUCCCCACAGUGGCCAGCAUAUACCUGACUCGCUUGUCUGCAACAUCCCCCAGAAGUGGACAGGGCGGAUGAUAAUAGUGUUCCAGCUAUCGACGUUUGUCUAUUUUGUGCUACCCAUGGCUAUCCUAAGUUUAAUGUACAUUCUUAUCGGAAUUAAACUGCACAGAACAGAACUACGAACAAAGUAUGAUACUCAGUACGGACAGGCGACGGCGACAAAAGCACGCAGAGCAAUACUCAAAAUGUUAGUUGCUGUCGUAGUUGCGUUUUUCAUCUGCUGGGCUCCGUUCCAUGCUCAAAGACUUAUGACACUGUACGUUACUAAUUGGAAUGCACGGCUGUUAGAAAUACAGGGACAUCUGUUUUAUCUUUCAGGAAUUCUUUACUUCUUCAGUUCCACCGUGAAUCCAAUACUGUACAAUGUGAUGUCAAGAAAGUUCAGGAGAGCCUUCAAGCGAACUCUCUGCAGAUGUUUUGUUGGCGCAAAUAAUCUUCCAUCUUUUUAUAUGCUAAAGGCCAAGUUCAUCAAUCACGAUUUAAAUGUACCCCAUUCUCGAGAGAGCGAUAUUCCAAACAUGUCUGACAACAAGGAUUUUCGGAUUGUUACGUAUUACAACAACGAUAAGCAAGAGUCAUCUAAAUAUAACCACUCCGGAGACAAAUACUCCACUAAAGAGACGCUGAUUAACAAGACAUAUGAAAGCUCAUCAGGCAAGUCACACGCACAUUCUGACAGCGACCUGCACGCCUUGUGUCGGCACAAGAGGUGCUCCGAUAGACGUCACAGUGCGCUAAAUCGACGUAGAAAUGGAUUGGUCAAUUCAUUUCAUGAUAUCGACGAUUUACGUAAAGAGCAUACGUUAUUUGAUUACCAAACUGCUGCUAAAUUGAGACUACUUGAAGCUGAACCGCUAACACAUUCAUGGCAAUCAACGGUUUAGAUACACGACAAACUGUAAUGCACACUCUGUGUGAAAUAGAAGUGUUCAUAGUGUGCGUUAUAAGGUUGUGUAAUAAUGUUAUCGGACAUUAUUGAGAAAAUCUACGUAUUGAAUGCAUAAGGAUAUAUGUAUUGCCUAGUUUGAACACAAAUAAAUAGGACAAUUCUUACAAUUCAUAUAUUUGAUAACAAUUUAUUAAUAAAACACGAGAAGGGAAUUCCAAGCAAAUGCUCGUUCAGAAUCAAACGGAUGAACAAAAGUACAUGUAUGUACGCGAACAAUUUUACAGAACUGAUUAAGGACGGCAUCUUUCCGCAAUACAAUAUCUGAAUACGGAGAUCUUAUAAUAAAUAAAUUGCAUGUAAUGCACACUUGACAGUUAGUUAUGACG